GUGUCAAAGGAAAGCGGACGGAGGGACGGACCGGAGUCAGGAAUUUUUGAAAUAUUUUGGGAAUUUAAGUGGAAAUAUGGGUGACCUCUCAGUUAGUAAUAUGUUUGAGUCCCAAACAAUCUUCGCUGAUCACAAGGAUCUUAUUCACGAUGUGGCUUACGACUUCUAUGGCGAGAGAAUGGCAACCUGUUCAAGUGAUCAGUACGUGAAGAUAUGGGACUCGGACGGCCGAGGCGGGUGGCGUCUAACUGGCAGUUGGAAGGCACACCAUGGCUCCGUGUGGAAAGUCACAUGGGCGCAUCCAGAGUUUGGACAGGUCAUUGCCACAUGUUCCUUUGACAGAACUGCAGCUAUUUGGGAAGAAGUUGGUGACACACAAUCGUCAGGGUCAGAGAAAGGUCUCCGGACGUGGGUGAAGAGGUCAAAUCUGGUAGACUCCAGGACAUCAGUCACAGACGUCAAGUUUGGCCCUAAGCACUUGGGCCUUCUCCUAGUCAUAUGUUCCGCUGAUGGAAUCAUUAGAAUAUAUGAAGCGCCCGAUGUGAUGAACUUGGCACAAUGGACACUACAGCAUGAAAUACCAACCAAAGUUUCAAUUAGCUGUCUCUCUUGGAAUCCAUCACUGUCCAGAGUAAACCCACCAAUGUUGGCGGUGGGUAGCGAUGAACCCAACACAUCUAAUGCGGUAGCCAGCGUACAGAAUGACAAGGGGAGCCUUUGCAAUGGAAAAGUCUUCAUUUACGAAUACAGCGAGGCGCAGCGGCGGUGGACGCGCACCGAGUGCCUGUCAUCGGUGGUGGAGCCGGUCAACGACCUCGCGUUCGCGCCCAACCUCGGCCGUUCCUUCCACCUGCUCGCCGUCGCCACCAAGGACGUGCGCAUCAUCAAGAUUGAACCGCUGCCGGACACGGCAAACGCGUCUGCGAACGGCAACAGCGGCGUGCGUUUCAAGACAGAGGUUAUGGCGGCUUUCGAAGAGCACUAUUCUUGCGUGUGGCGGGUUUCGUGGAACGUAACCGGCACGCUGCUAGCCUCCUCCGGAGACGACUGCUGCGUCAGACUGUGGAAAAUGCAAUACAUGAACCAGUGGAAGUGCGUGGCGGAGUUCAAGAGCUCGGGCGCGGCGGGGGAGUCGCCGCCGGCGGCGCGGGCGCACACCGCCUACACGCGCCUCGCCGCCAUGGCCAACCCCACGCACAUGCCCGGCUACUGACACGCGCACGGGCACACGCUGUAACAAGCGGAGGUUCCAAGCGGAUUGCUGGGCAAACGCUACAAACGAAACUACAAAAUAGCUACAAGCAUUUUUAUCAAUAAGCCUGAAAUGUCUGAAGAAGGAUGAAAACCUCAUUUACUUGACGCGGAUCAUAAUAAUAAUUACCCAAUUAUUAUUUAGGUAGGUAACUCGAAGUUUAAUAAUAAAAUGGUACUUUUUAAAUAGCCAGUAUAAAACAAUAAAAAUCAAUGUCAUAAUUAAAAAUUAGGUAUUGAUGACGUCAAACCUUGUGUUAUCAAAUUCCACAGAAAUUUUAGUUUUCGAGGUUGUCGUCUAGCUUAUUUAAUAUUAUAAAAAUAAUAUAUUAGAAACCAGCCCAAAAUGCACUCAAUUAUGUAAAAUAAUGUUUCCAUAUUACAUUUUCUACCUUUUUAAGAUAGCAAAUAAAGAAAUUUUCGUUUA